UGUAUUAUAUUCAAACAUUUUGUCUGUAGAAUUUAUAAAUUGAGUUGUGCUGCCACUUUUGGGAAGACCAUAAGGCAGAAAUUUCCACUGCUUACAACACGAAGGCUUGGAACCAGAGGCCAUUCGAAGUAUCAUUAUUAUGGUGUUGGAAUCAAGGAGAGCAGUGCGUAUUAUCACUCUGUGUACUCUGGAAAAGGUUUGACACGAUUCUCUGGAAGCAAGCUAAAAAAUGAGGGAGGAUUCACCAGAAAAUACUCUCUUAGUUCUAAAACAGGAACUCUUUUACCUGAAUUCCCGAGUGCACAGCAUUUAGUGCUUCAGGAGUCUGUUUCAAAAGAUAAGGUCGACACAUUGAUUAUGAUGUACAAAACCCACUGUCAGUGCAUUCUGGACAAUGCCAUUAAUGUCAACUUUGAGGAGUGGAUGGUGUCUUCCUUGGAGAAUCUUCCGGAAAUCCUCUCAGACAAGAAACUGCCGAUAGCGCGACGAUUUGUGUCUUCAUUAAAGAGACAGACCUCCUUUUUACAUCUUGCACAGAUUGCAAGACCUGCACUUUUUGACCAGAAUGUAGUAACUUCUAUGGUGAAUGAUAUUGAUAAGGUGGAUCUGAACAGUAUUGGUUCUCAAGCACUCCUUUCAGUUACAAAUGACCAAGAUUCAGACUCCUACUCUGAAUAUGACUCAAUUUCAGUCUUUCAAGAGUUGAAAGACCUCCUGAGGAAAAACGCCACAGUAGAGUCUUUCAUUGAAUGGCUGGACUCGGUGGUUGAGCAGAAAGUUAUUAAGCCCAGCAAACAAAAUGGUCGGUCAGUGAAGAAGCGAGCUCAAGAUUUCCUUCUGAAGUGGAGUUUUUUUGGAGCACGAGUGAUGCACAAUCUCACCCUAAACAACGCUAGUAGCUUUGGCUCGUUCCAUCUCAUUCGGAUGCUUUUGGAUGAGUACAUCCUGUUAGCCAUUGAAACACAAUUCAACAACGACAAAGAGCAAGGUCAAAUGGAUUACUCGCAGAACAGCGCCACCCUGAUGACCCCUCCGAUCUCUCCUGCCAUGAUCAACCGUAGCAGUGUGAUCAACCAGGGCGCGAUGGCUGUGAGGCCGCAGAGCAGCUGCCCCAUCCAGCCCCAAGUGUCCUGCCAGACCUUCUCCGACAGCAUGUACCAGAGUCUGCACAAUGCUAGUUCCGGCUCCUAUCCCAGCUCUUCUUACUACCAGCCUGUGUUCAGAGCUCAGACUCACACUCCAACAUCAGCCUAUCAGGGUCGUGCUGAAAGCGCCCGGUACGCACCCUUCUCUGGACACCAGCUUACCAAAGACUGCUUCAGCAGCAGCUGCGCCGUGUCUCCCUACAGCUCAAGAGUUGCAGCGACUGGAUAUGCAGCCUCAGGUGACCCUGUGAUGGAUACCGAGGGCGUACAGCUGCUGGACUCCACAGCGUACAGCUUUGGAGGAAGUGCUUCCAGUGGAGAUGGAUGUUCAGGUCCAGUUUGCAGCUCGGGGCACAAUGGAUCCAGCAUCGCUCAUUCCUGCUCCGUCUCGACACCCUGCAUGUUUGGAACUCCUGCUCCUUAUCACUCCCAGAAUGCACUGCUGCCUCUUCAGGGGACCACAGAGAUUAGAGAAAUGAAGAUUAUGACAG